GCUAUAUAAAGAUUCCCGUUAUAAAGUCUCUAUACUGUGUUUUUCGCCAACUGUGUUUCUCAUUAACUGCAAUUGAUCAGCGGUUUUUGGAGAAUUUUCAGACAGCUAGAGAAAAACUCUAAUACUGGCCGUAUUACGAUCACAGCUGGUAGGCGCACAACAGCUGAUUGCUACCGGCGUAAGAUGAACAGAGCCUCGAAAAUUUUUUGGCCUAUGCUGGUCAAGCCAAAGGAUGCGGUUAUCAAGCAAACAGAGCAACUAUCCCGUAGUCAAAAGCUUCUCACAGAAUUGGGUCUGAUCAAAUCCGGCAGCAAUGGCACUUAUCAAAUAAUGCCUAUAGCCCAACGAUCCCUGGACAAAUGCAUUAAUUUGGUGCAACAGAAUAUGGUUGAGGCUGGUGGUCAGAAAAUAACCCUACCCGUACUAACAUCGACGGCGUUGUGGAAAAAGAGCGGACGGUUAGAGGGAGACAUAUCCGAGUUCUAUAUGGUGCGGGAUCGAAGUGGAAAGCAAUUUCUUAUGAGCCCAGUGAGUGUGUGGACCAUUAGAGAAUACUUUUUAUUAAACGCCAUUUCAUUUCAGACCCACGAGGAAGCCGUGACAGCCAUGCUGGCUACAGCAGCUCCAAUUUCCUAUCGUCAAUUGCCUCUGCGUCUAUAUCAGAUUGGGCCCAAAUUCAGGGAUGAGCUGAAGUCUCGCUUUGGCAUGAUGCGGGCCAAAGAGUUUCUCAUGAAAGACAUGUACACAUUCGAUCUCAGCCAGGAAACAGCCAAAGAUACUUAUGACAUAAUAACUAAGGCCUAUGACAGAUUCUUUCAGCAGCUUGAAGUUCCCUUUGUCAAGGUCAAUGCUGAAACUGGUAUCAUGGGCGGCAGUUUGUCCCACGAAUAUCACUAUAUAUCAUCAGUGGGCGAGGACACUCUUGUAAAGUGUGAAUCCUGCGGAUUUGCUGGCAACGCUGAGGUUUUCCACCAGUCCAGUAACUGUCCCAAUUGCCAGAAGGCAGAUAAUCUAAGUCAAGUCCAUGGUGUGGAAGUGGCCCAUACCUUUCUCUUGGGUGAUAAGUAUUCAAAACCAUUGGGAGCCACGUUUCUAAAUACUUCGGGUAAACCACAGAGCCUUAUAAUGGGCUGUUAUGGUAUAGGUCUAAGUCGUGUGUUAGCAGCUUCUCUGGAAGUUCUAUCUACAGACCAGGAACUACGCUGGCCCAAAUUGCUGGCACCCUACGAUGUCUGUGUGAUAGGACCCAAACAGGGAAGCAAAGAGCAAACCUUAGCAGAACGUGUGGAAUAUAAUCUGUUAGAGCAUCUGGGAGAUAUUUGUGGUUCCGAUGAAGUGCUACACGAUGAUCGCAAAGACUUGACCAUUGGGAAACGUUUACUGGAUGGCAAGCGUCUGGGUCAUCCCUUCAUCAUUGUAGCGGGAGCGAAAUCUGUUUUACCCGAAGAUCCUAGAUUGGAGUUGCAUUCAAGUGAUGGUAACAAAAUGGAAUUGAAUUUGAAUGAAGCUCUCCAAAUGGUCAAUCAAUAUGUGAGCCAAAAGAAGCAUUUAAUUAACAUCAGAAUGAGUACCAAAGAGGAAGAGCAAACAAAUCGACAACAAAAGGUUGGCCAUACGCUUUAGCUUUACUAUGAAAUAAAGUUAACAAUAACACAA